AUGGCGCAGGACAGCGAGAAGCCCACCGCCGCCGACAAGGGCAAGGGCAAGGCCGUGGAGGACGGCAAGAAGGACAAGACCCAGGUCAACGGCAAGAAGGAGGAUGAGAAAAUCAUUGAUUCCGCGGAGGAGCUCAGCGAGGAGGACCAACAGCUCAAGAACGAGCUGGACAUGCUCGUCGAGCGUCUGACGGAAUCCGACUCCUCCCUCUACAAGCCGGCCUUGGAGGCCAUGAAGAACUUCAUCAAGACGUCGACCUCGUCAAUGACGGCCGUGCCGAAGCCCCUCAAGUUCCUCAGACCACACUACGAGACGAUGACAAAACUGUACGAGGACUGGCCAGAGGGCGACAACAAGGUCUCACUCGCGGAUGUCCUGUCAGUGAUUGGCAUGACGUAUUCAGACGAAGACCGACAAGAUACCCUCAAGUACCGCCUGCUGGCACCUUCAUCCGAUAUUGGCUCCUGGGGUCACGAAUACACCAGGCAUCUGGCCCUCGAAAUUGGUGAGGUCUACGGAAAGAGGAUAAACGCCGACGAGCCCACGAAGGACCUGGUCGAUCUCGCCCUGAUCCUCAUUCCUCUGUUCCUCCAGAGCAACGCCGAGGCCGAUGCCGUAGACCUGAUGAGCGAACUCGAGAUCAUGGACCAGAUCCCCAACUACCUCGACAAGGACACCUACGGACGCGUGUGCCUGUACAUGGUCAGCAUGGUCAACCUCCUCACCUACCCCGACAACGAGCUCUUCCUCAGGACCGCCCACGACAUCUACCUCAAGUACAAGGAGUACACUCUGGCAAUGACCCUGGCUAUCCGUCUGAACGAUAUCGACCUGAUCAAGGAUGAUUUCGAGAAGGCCGGCGACCCCGCCCUCAAGAAGCAGCUUGCAUUCUUGAUCGCGCGCCAACGGAUCGUGCUGGACUUGCCCACCGAUGAGGGCGACAAUGCGAUCGUCGAGUGCUUGUCCAACCUCAAGCUCUCUGACCACUUCAAGUCUCUGGGCAAGGAGCUCAACAUCCUUGACCCCAAGACGACCGAGGACAUCUAUAAGAGCCAUCUCGAGAGCAGCCGUGUUGCUGGAAUGACCAACCUGGAUUCCGCCAGGCACAACUUGGCCGCUGCCUUUGUGAACGCCUUUGUUAAUGCCGGCUUUGGCAACGACAAGAUGAUGCUGGUGGAGCAGGAUAAGGAAAGUUGGGUCUGGAAGACGAAGGGUGACGGCAUGAUGUCGACGGUGGCUUCCUUGGGUACUUUGCUUCUGUGGGAUGUCGAGGCCGGCUUGGACAAGAUCGACAAGUACACGUAUGCUGCAGAGCCCGAGAUCCUGGCUGGUUCCAUGCUUGCUAUUGGUAUCAUGAACUCCGGAGCCCGCGUUGACUCUGAGCCCGCAUUGGCUCUGCUGGGUGACGAGGACAAGCUGCACCACAAGAACCCCCUCGUCCGGACGGCCUCCAUCAUGGGCUUGGGUCUCUCCUACGCGGGUUCCAACAACGAGAUGCUGCUGGAGCUCUUGCUGCCCAUCAUCACCGACUCUUCCCAAGAGAUGCAGAUCUCCGCCAUGGCUGCGUUGUCCUGCGGUCUCAUUUUCACGGGCUCCUCUAACCCCGAAGUCAGCGAGGCGAUCGUCACCACGCUGCUAGACGACGAGCGCAAGAACCAGCUCACCGACAAGUGGACCCGAUUCCUUGCCCUUGGUCUUGGUCUGCUCUUCUUCGGCCGUCAAGAGGAGGUGGAUGUCAUUCUUGAGACACUUAAGGCUGUUGAUCACCCCAUGGCUAAGCCCACAGCCGUUCUGGCGGAGAUUUGCGCCUGGGCAGGCACUGGUGCCGUCCUGAAGAUUCAGGAGCUCCUGCACAUCUGCAACGAGCACAUUGAGGACUCUGACGAGAAGAAGGGCGACGAGCUCCUCCAGUCGUAUGCCGUCCUCGGUAUUGCCCUCGUUGCGAUGGGCGAGGAUGUCGGCCAGGAGAUGGUUCUGCGUCAGUUCGGUCACCUCAUGCACUACGGCGAGCCCAAUAUCAGGAGGGCAGUUCCCCUGGCCAUGGGUCUCAUUAGCCCCAGCAACCCCCAGAUGAAGGUCUACGACACGCUCUCAAGAUACAGUCACGACAACGACAACGAUGUUGCCAUCAACGCCAUCUUCGCCAUGGGUCUGUUGGGUGCUGGCACCAAUAACGCCAGAUUGGCUCAGCUGCUCCGCCAGCUGGCCAGCUUCUACCACCGCGACCAGGAGUCUCUCUUCAUGGUGCGCAUCGCGCAGGGUCUUCUGCACAUGGGCAAGGGAACCAUGUCUGUCAACCCCUUCCACACGGACCGCAACGUCCUCUCCCGUGUUGCCGCGUCCGGUCUGCUCUCAGUGCUGGUUGCCAUGAUCGACGCGAAGCAGUUUAUCACAUCCAACUCGCACUACCUGCUUUACUUCCUGGUCACAGCGAUGCAUCCCCGUUUCCUGGUGACGCUGGACGAGGACCUCAAGCCCCUCAAGGUCAAUGUCCGCGUUGGUCAGGCGGUGGAUGUUGUCGGCCAGGCCGGUCGCCCCAAGACGAUCACGGGCUGGCAAACGCAGAGCACGCCGGUCGUCCUGGCGUACGGAGAGCGUGCCGAGCUUGAGGACGAGCAGUACAUCAGCUUGAACAGCACACUAGAGGGACUGGUCAUUCUGAAGAAGAACCCCGACUGGGAGGCGGACAAAUAG